CUACGUCGAUAUGUAUCUUUUACUGGAAAAUUCCCAUAUCUUACAUCAUGAGUUCAACAGUCUAAACAGAGAUGAUAUAUGUAUGACGCACACGGUGCGUGAAAAUACAUACAAAGAUCCAAUACACACGAGGCAAGAUCAGAUGUUCAUUAUGCAUUACGGCCGGCCAUAGUGAUAGCGACAAAGUGCAGCGAGCGGUUGAGAACCGGAAUGCGAGAUUCUGUGUUCGAAAAUAAUACGGUUAUAUCAAUCUGAAUAUAUCUCUAAGGAAUAUAUUAAAAUGCGUAGUAUAAAACGCAAUAUAUUUUUCGUGUAAAAAUACGUGCAUUAGGACGAUAAUGGUGCGGUCCCAUGACGCGGAAUUGGCGCAAUUAGGAAUUGGCGGAACGCUUGUGAUUGGUUUAAAAAAGACAUCGGUGGAGCGCAAUUGACGGAAUACUUGCGAUUGAACGGACAUCGUUCCGCCAAUUCCGCAUUGCACACAACUUGGUAAGAAUUAUUUGUGGCAGCAGGGUUUUGAUCAAAGACUUGAAGAAUGGCUGAUGUAGAGGCAAGUGGACAGGAUAUUUCUGAAAAAUCAGGAUGUUACAGUACGACCAAAGAUCAUUCAAACAAAAUUAUGGAGAAAUUUAAUUCCAUUGUGGUUAAAACAUUAAACAAUAAAUUCUAUGAGCCAUCAAUGAAAAAACAUGAAAAAGAAGAGUUGAAUAUUGAUAAACGUCAUAAUAUAAAACGUAUGAUAAUGACGUUAUUCUUCUGUCUCAUCACGGCUUUAUUGUUGUUUCAUCUUGGUCUUCCAUUAUUAUACGCGAUUAUAAAUCCAUUAUGUACUAUGAAUAGUUACAAUGCAGAAGUGGAAUUUACGAUUGAUAUAAAUAACAAUAGCAUUGAGGAGACAAGAUAUCAGCAUAUAUUAGUGGAUACUCCUGAUAUAUACAUUGAAGAAGAAACGUAUGAUCGUAAAAUAGUGCCUUUAAAGGAAGAAAGUAACUUAUCUGAAGAAAACACAGCUUUUAACAAUGCUCAACAAUGCAGCAAUGUUCCUGAAAUAUUACGCUUUGAUUGUCAUCCAGAGGACGGAGCAUCGCAACUUUCUUGCAUAAACAGAGGAUGUUGUUGGAAUCCUCGGGAAAGUAACAAAAAUAAGAAGGAUUUACUGCUGUAUAUUCCUUACUGUUACUAUCCCGAUGGAUGGAAUCUGUAUAAAUACAUUAACCACAGUCAGGAUGGAAGUAAUUUCUUGGGCUUUCUCAGUCAAGAAAAAGAAUCUGUGUACAAGAACAAUGUGCCCCUUGUCAAGGUAGAAGCCACAAGCAUAGACAGCUCAAUUCUGCGUGUGAAGAUAUAUGAUCCCUUUAAAACGCGAUAUGAACCACCUUGGCCAAUUAGAUCAGAUCCGAAACCAUUUUUAUAUCGAGUUGCUGACAUGAAAUAUCAAUUUAAUAGCGAUGAUGUAAAACCUGGCUUUAAAGUCAAUAGAAUCAGUGAUGGCACAACAUUAUUUAAUUCCAUUGGGAUUGGAGGUUUCAUAUUUGCUGACCAGUUUCUACAAAUGAGCUCAUUGUUACCAACAAGUAACAUUUAUGGUAUUGGCGAGCAUAGAUCGAGCUUAAAAUUAAAUACUAAUUGGCAAAUAUUCACUCUAUUUAAUAAAGAUCAACCGCCAAUGGAAAACGCAAAUCUGUAUGGAGCUCAUCCAUUUUAUAUUAUUAUGGAGGAAUCUGGAAUGGCUCAUGGAGUUUUAUUUCUAAAUAGUAAUGCUAUGGAUGUGAUAUUGCAGCCUACACCGGCUAUAACGUUUAGAACAAUCGGUGGUAUUUUUGAUAUUUACUUUUUCCUGGGACCGACUCCAGCCGAUGUAGUGAAACAAUAUUCUGAAAUUGUAGGCAAACCAUUUAUGCCACCCUAUUGGUCGCUUGGUUUCCAUUUAUGCAGAUAUGGAUAUGAAUCGCUGGAAAAUACUAAAGCAGUAUGGAACAGAACGAGAGCAGCUGGAAUCCCAUUUGAUACUCAAUGGAAUGAUCUGGAUUAUAUGGACAAAAAUAAUGAUUUUACAUAUAAUAAAGAGAAAUUCAAAGAUUUACCUAAGUUUGUAGAAGAAAUUCACUCGGCAGGAAUACAUUAUAUACCCUUAAUUGAUGCCGGCAUAUCUGCUUCCGAAGAUAAUGGUUCUUAUCUGCCUUACGAUGAAGGAAUAAAACAAGAUAUAUUCGUAAAAGACGGUGAAUCCGAUAAACCUUUCAUCGGUAAAGUUUGGAAUCUUCAUUCUACAGUAUGGCCCGAUUUCACAAAUCCUAAAACUAUGAUCUACUACGCAAAUAUGAUGGGCGAUAUGCAUAACAAUUUCGCGUACGAUGGUGCAUGGAUUGAUAUGAAUGAACCAUCCAAUUUCUACAAUGGUAAUAAGAAUGGUUGUACACAUAAUAAUUUAGAUUAUCCCGAAUAUAUUCCCAAUGUUGUUGGCGGUUUCCUCGCUACGAAAACUCUUUGCAUGAAUGCGAAACAUUAUUUGGGCAUUCAUUAUGAUCUUCACAAUACUUAUGGAAUGAGCCAAGCGAUUACUACAAAUUAUGCUCUUAGGAAGAUUAGAUUAAAGAGACCAUUUAUAAUAUCGCGUUCGACAUGGGUAGGACAUGGUCAUUAUGCGGGUCAUUGGACAGGUGACGUUUAUUCAUCAUGGCAUGAUUUAAAGAUGAGUAUUCCAGCUAUUUUGUCAUUCAAUUUCUAUCAAAUUCCAAUGGUGGGUGCAGAUAUUUGCGGUUUUAAUGGAAACACAACUACUACAUUGUGCAAUCGUUGGAUGCAACUUGGUGCUUUUUAUCCAUUUUCUCGAAAUCAUAAUUCCGAUGAUACAAUUGAACAAGAUCCAGUUGCUAUGGGUGAUUUGGUUGUACAAUCGUCAAAAAAUUCUCUCAGAAUACGUUAUCGAUUUUUACCAUAUUUGUACACCUUAUUUUUCAAAGCACAUAAAUUUGGGGAAACCGUGGCACGGCCACUUUUCUUUGAAUUUACCGAAGAUCGGCGAACUUACGACAUUGAUACACAAUUUCUUUGGGGAAAUUCGCUUAUGAUCAAUCCAGUUCUCGAAGAGAACAAAACUGUGGUAACUGUUUAUGUACCACGUGGUUUGUGGUAUGAUUAUUAUACCUUCAAUUCCUAUUUUUCCAUCGGGAAAUACUAUACCUUCUCUGCACCGAUUGACGAAAUACCAUUAUUGAUUCGUGCAGGUUCGAUUCUUCCAGCACAGGAACCGGGUGUAACAACGACAGAGAGCAGAAAAAACAAUUUUGAAUUAAUAGUAACAUUGAAUGAAACUAAAAAUGCCAUAGGAGAACUGUAUUGGGAUGAUGGUGAUAGCUUAGAUUCCAUAAAAAAGAAAGAAUAUUUGUGGCUGUCUUUCAUUGCAAAUCAAUCAAGUUUAUUGAAUGUGGAAAUGGAUAAAGGCUCUUUUAAUGAAGAGGUAAUUCUGGGAACAGUACAGAUCUUUGGAUUACGACCAGUCGCCAGAGUGUUCCUAAAUAACAAUGAGAUAGGAUUUUCAUUUGAUCUUUCCACAUUGAGCCUACAUAUCACUGGUUUGCAAGUGGACAUGAGACAACCAUUCAUAUUUAACUGGAUAUUUGAAAAAUCUUAUUAAUUAUACGUAAAUUUUCUAUCGCGGUAUGUGAAGCUCAUGACUUGAUAUAUGUGAUAAAUACUAGAGUCACUUUAGAGUCACUUAAGAGUCGAGUCCGAUAAGACUGAAACAUGACGUCUUUCUGGUUUUGUGUCUCGACUCUCACUAGAGUAACUCUAAUAAAUACUAUACAUGUUUUUUUUUAUAGAUAUCUUACUUUAAGUUCAUAUAUUUUUCUUAUGCAAUUAUACAAAUAGCGUGUGAACAAAUAAAGCAAUUUUAAUCAUUAUUUAUAUAAAUUUACAUAUAUAUAAUGAUGCAUAUUGGAACGCAUUAUUAAUUUCUUUUCAUGAGAAUGAAAAGGAGAGUGAUAUUAAUGAAGAAAGAAAACCAGCAAAUAAAGAAACGUGUUUAUUCAAAUUGUCUUCUCCCACACAUCGCACAUUAUGUUAAUGUACAAAUAUGACUAUAUUUAGUUUAUGGCACUAAAGAAAAACAAUAAGUAGCAUCCCGAUUUCAUCGAUGUCAAAAAGAAAAUGAGAUUCGAAUAUUAAAUUCGUGAUCUCGCGCGAAAAAAAGAAUAAAAUUCGCAAAAGACACAGGACAAUCAUUCUCUAGAGCGCUAUUUACUUGAUUUGGCACCGUAACUCAAAAUCAUCGAGUUAGUGGAUUUCGUUGAGGAAAUGUGGGAAGCUACGCUUCCUGUCGACUAUUCGAAAUGGCUCUCCUCCGACCUCGAUCUAUAUUCAAAGUGCACUCCGACCCGCAUUUGCAUCCACAACCAAAGUAUAGAUUUCGAUCUUUCGAAUAAAUUUGAAAAUGCUAAGUCACCGCGUACGCCAAUACAUUCGAGCUCAUGUUAAUACAUUAAGGUGCGUCACACGCAUGAAUACAAGUUACUCAUAUUGCUUCCUUACUUUUCUCUCGCUUUACAAACGCAAAAUAUACCUCGGUGCCUACAAUAAAAUUGAAAUCAUAUAAAACGUAACGAUACAUACAGUACGAUAUAUUUGGCAAUGAAAGGAACAAAGUCUUUGGAUUAUUCUUGCGCGCCGAAAAGAAAGUUUAGAAAACAAAUUUCUUUUCAAGCAAUAACUUCAAGUAUUGCAAACGAUUAUAUCGCACAAAAUAGCACCUCCGAUUGCAAUAUUUUUUACUAUUUUUAUCCAAACGCACAAUUGAGAAAUAUCCUCAUGGUACGUCGAGGAAAGGAACUUUGCGUGUAGGAAUACCAAGUCAAUUUUGAUUUUAUGCGCUAGCAAAAACGUCUUCGUCUAUAAAAAGAAUUAUUUGCAUCAAUCUUACAUUACAGUAUUUUAUAUUACUGUAAAAUUUGACUUUCAUUUAUCGAGAUAAAAUAAAUUGCUAUUACUUUUCUGGAAUUUAGCAUCUUUAGAAUCAAUUUAAGAAAAAGAUAAUGUGUUCCUCUCCCCUCGCGUCCAUCAGCAUAUAUUCACCUAAUAUCAAUAUAUAUGUAUAUAAGUAUAUAUAAUGUGUGUAUAUGGAUAUAAUAUAUAUAUCUCUCUUUCUUCUCUUCAAUGACUAAUAUAAUACUAAACUUGUAACCUUCGUUCUUUAUUGUCUGCUCACAUUUACUAUGACUAUCUAAAAUGAUGGCACGCCAACAUGUUUACUCAUCCGCGGCCAAUCAAGCCCUCAGUUGCGCGCGAGUGCAUGUAUAAGUGAGUAAUAACGAAUAAUAGUAUCAACUACAACGGGAACGUCGCGCAGGACUGUCGAAUAUCAAUUUUCCGCGGACGCGUCCGUGAACACAUUUAUAUAUAACAAAA